CUACAAACAGCCUGCUGCGUCUUCAGCGCGUAUUUGCCUGCAUACUGCACGCACUACUGGAGGGUUCCGCUAGAGGUCAGUGUACCGUAUAGUGUGUGGCAUUAUACCAAAACAAAAUAAACAUGGCGACGAUAGAGGAGUUAAGUAGCUGGUUAAUUUUAAGAUUACGACAGAAAAAAAGACGGCGUCGGUGUCGUAGAUGGUAUGUGAGACCACUAAACCAGGCACGACAAGACAACGGAGAAUAUGUUUCGCUCGUUUUGCCGAUGAGGGAAAUCGACGAUGAAAAACAUUAUAAUUACUUCCGAAUGUCCUCAUCUGCUUUUGACGAGUUGCUCAGAAGGAUUGAGACACUGAUUUCCCACCGACGCACACAUAGUGCUCCCAUUAGCUCAUCACAGCGCCUUGCUGUCACACUACGAUUUCUUGCUACUGGUUGUAGCUACCAAUCCCUGGCAGCCAGCUAUAAACUUGGAUCCGCAACAGUUGGAUGUAUUGUAAAAGAAGUUUGCGAAGCUAUAUGGACAGCACUCAAGGACGACGUCGUGGCCUUUCCCAGUGUUGCAAAGUGGAUGGAAAUUCAGGAGGAAUUCUGGUCUCUUUGGAAUUUUCCUAACUGUGUCGGAGCAAUCGAUGGGAAACACAUUCGAGUUCGAGCUCCAGCCAAUAGUGGAAGUUCCUUCCACAACUACAAAGGGUACUUCAGCUUCAUCCUGAUGGCUGUGUGUGACGCCAGGUACAGAUUUACACUUGUGGAUAUUGGAGCCUUUGGCCGUGACAGUGAUGCUGGUGUGUUUUCAAGAAGUGCCUUUGGAUCCCAGCUCAUCAAGGGGGAGCUGCACCUGCCACCGCCAUCUCCUCUGCCAGGUGCUGUUGUUCGGAGUCCCCCAGUCUUCGUUGCAGAUGAAGCUUUUCCACUGAAAGUGAACCUGAUGCGGCCAUAUUCAGGGACCAACCUCACAGCAGAGCAGCACAUCUACAACUAUCGACACAGCAGAGCAAGGCGGGUAAUAGAAAAUGCCUUUGGCAUUUUGGCUGCACGAUGGAGAGUGUUUGGGAAAGCCAUGGAGUGUUCUGUUGACACUGCUGAAUUAAUAACAAAGGGAUGUGUUGCUCUUCACAACUUCCUCUGUGGUACUGACCAACUCCAAGCUGAGACAGCAAGGUACAUCAGUAGAGUGGACGAAGGAGAUGUCUUGGGAGAAUGGAGGCAAGUUGUGGAGACCGACACAAACCUCUUGGACACCGGACGCUUGACUUCUGAGCGUGCUACACGACAUGGCACUGAGGUGCGGAACAGCUUGAUGAACUAUUUUCAAACCGAAGCAGGAAGAGUGUCUUUUCAGGACAACAUCCUCCAACGGGGCACACUGCAUUAG